AUGGCCACGCCAGAGAUGAAGACUUUACUUGGAUCCCUCAUAUUCUACCCGGCCGUCUACUUCGCCAUUCUUCCCGCCAGACCGUCCAGCCUGCACAUAGCACGAGCACGAGAAAGCAUCUCGAUCUUCCACUGUGGACUGCAGACCGUUCUAGCUGCCAUCUGCUUGCGUAGCAACGCCAAAGGCCUUGAAUCUCCAGCUUCACACGGAAACGUACAGGUUCCUCGCGGAGACGUGCCCAUCAUCACUACGAAUUCAGCAUUCGGGAACUGCAUCACUGCGCUUGAAACUGGCUAUCUCCUCCAAGACUCUGCCGUGCUGCUACAUGCCUACUGGAGACGCAAUGGAACACAAGGGAAACAACACUACAUUGCGCAGGGCCGUGAGAAGGGCAUACUGGUCAUCGUGGCUUUGCACUUGAUGAAUGCGUCAUCUGUACCCGGUACAUUGCGGUGGUUCCUGCUCAACUUCAAACCCCAUCGCAGACGCCUCAUCAACGGGAUGACAGUGUUAUACCUGGCAUCAUUCGCCGUCUUCCGUGUCGGGCUGAUCUUCUGGAUCAUCAAGGUUUUUGCAACACAGCAAAGAGUAUCCUUCUUGGUUGGCGUCUCGAGGCUCAAGCUUCCGUGCAAGGCUGGUACUGGGCUCAUCACGAUGGUGAAUGUGUGGUGGCUGCUCAGCGGCCUCCAGAAGUUCUCCGCCCGUGCUAUGAGAUGA